AUGCAGCGGGGCGAUGGUGGCCUUUGGCCGUUUGUGGUGCUGGACCUUUUGGGGACGACGACGAUGACGCAACGUCACCAGGCCAGCUGCUGGGGCCUCCCUCCCUGGCACAGCGGACUGGGCUCCCAGGGCUCGGGCUCAGACCCUUGGGGGCAGCGUCGUCGCGUGGCGGCGAGGGCAGAGGCUUCGGGCUGCGAAGCUGACUUGCAAAGUGAUCCGGAGGAAAUCCUGAAUCAAUUGGAAGAGAGCGGUCUCUUCAGAGGCGAUGAGCAAUUGCUUGCACAGCUGCGGCUGUUAGCGGCGGAGGGAGUGCAUCCAUUGGAUGCUCUACGAGGCGUUCAACAAGAGGAUCCACGGGAUCCCAUGCUGCAGUCCUUUGAUGUUGCAGGGAUCGCAAGAUACAUCCAAGACCAGCAAUGUCAGAACAUCGUGGUGCUUUGUGGGGCUGGUAUCUCAACCUCUGCUGGGAUUCCGGACUUUCGGACACCUGGAAGUGGACUUUAUGACAACUUGCAGCGGUUCAACCUCACGGAGCCUGAAAGCAUUUUUAACCUCGAUUUCUUUCAGAAAGAGCCAGGUCCAUUCUACGAGCUGUGCCGCGACUUGUGGCCGGGCCACUAUGAACCCACCAUCGGUCACCACUUCAUACGCUUGCAGCCUGGCAUGACGGUUGGAAACGAAGGCAAGGAGCUGCCAGUGGAUUCCUUAGAGCGUCAAGCAGGCGUGAGCCCAGAGAAGAUCGUGGCGGCCCACGGCAACAUGGACGAAGCUCACGUAGUUGGCACCCAACGCUUCGUGGAGGUCGACGAGUUGAGGCAAGCCAUCUUUGCUGGCGAAAAAGGCUGGAGAGCGCUUGCAGCUACUCACGGAGGGCUAGUGAAGCCUAGCGUGGUGAUGUUCGGCGAAGAUUUGCCGGAUCGUUUCUGGGAUCUGCAGGAGGACGACCUGCGAAAAUGCGAUUUGAUGAUCGUCAUAGGCACGUCGCUGGUGGUGGAACCCUUCGCAAGUUUGGUGGGCAAAGCCUCUCCCACUGCCCCGCGACUCCUGAUCAACAGGCGCCCCGGAACAAAAGCUGAGGUGAUGGUGGAUAGCAUGUCAAUAUAUUGGGGGUUCUUACGUCAUGGCAGAUCCCCCAAAAAACAUUGUUGUUUCAACACUAAAAUGGUCCAAUCUUGGAAGAUAUUGGGGGUACGGGGUACCACCAUUUCAAGAAACCUUCAAAUAAAUAAAUCAAACAAUAGAGAGAGAGAGAGAGAAGAGAGAGAGAGAGAGAGAGAGAGAGAAGAGAGAGAAAGAGAGAGAAGGAUAUAUAUAUAUAUAUACAUGGAUGAAAUACAGUAUAGUGACACGUCGUUUCGUCACUGUCGUCACUGGAAUGAUGAUUAA